AUGAAAGUCCAUCUUUCUACUCUUGCCCUUGGGCUGGCCAUCGUUGCCGCCGCGGUGCCAGCUCCUCAAUCGCACGUUGUUCACGAGAAACGCAGCUCAGCCCCUUCAAAAUGGGUGAACGUGGGCCGCGUUGAUCCGAUGCACAAUGUGGUCGUGCGAAUCGGACUGAAACAGUCGAACCUUCAUCGGGGUUACGAAUACCUGAUGGAUGUAUCUCAUCCCGAAUCACCCAAUUUCGGAAAACAUUGGACACCAGAACAAGUCGUCAAGGCUUUUGCGCCCUCUGACGACACUGUCGCCCAAGUCCGCGCUUGGUUGACCAAUGCUGGUAUCGAUGAGUCUCGAGUCCUGCACACUGAAAACCAGGGCUGGCUCGCCUUCCCUGCGACAGCAGCAGAGGCAGAGGCGUUGCUGCAUACCGAAUACUACCACUAUGAGCACGAGGUCUUGGGGACCAAAGCUCUGGCUUGUGAACAAUAUCACGUGCCGCAGGCAAUUCAGGAGCACAUCGACUACAUCAACCCUGGCAUCGGACUGCCCGUGACGACCAAGGAAAAGCCAGCUUAUGGCAAGCGGGCAACCAAGCGCAGUAGCAAAUUCACACGCCCGCGAAAGUUUCGGUCUGUUGAGGACUGGUUCGGAUCUGAUCUCGCAAAUUGCGAUGUACAGAUCACUCCGGAUUGCGUCGCUGCGCUUUACGAGAUCCCUCCUGCCAACCAGAACGUCAAUCCAAACAACUCCCUGGGAAUCUUCGAAGAGGGCGACUACUAUGCUCAGGAAGAUCUGAAUCUGUUCUUUCGCAAUCUUUCCUCAAAUAUUCCUCAAGGCACACAUCCAAUCCCCGCAUUUAUCGACGGCGCUGAAGCCCCGGUGAAUGUGAGCGAGGCUGGAGGUGAAUCGGACCUUGACUUUGAGCUUGCUUUCCCUAUUAUAUAUCCCCAGACCAUCACGCUCUACCAAACCGACGAUUCGAAUUAUGCCUUGGCGGAUACUCCUACCUCGGGAUUUUUCAAUACAUUCCUCGAUGCCCUAGAUGGGUCAUACUGCACAUACUGCGCCUUUGGAGAAUGUGGAGACGACCCAAAUCUGGAUCCUGUGUAUCCCGACCCAAGUGCUGGCGGCUACAAGGGCCAAUUGAUGUGUGGCGUCUACAAGCCAACAAACGUUAUCUCGAUCUCCUAUGGCGGUCAGGAAAGCGAUCUACCUGCCUAUUACCAGCAGCGUCAAUGCAAUGACUUACCACGAGUGUAUCUCAUCGCCUCUAGGUUCCUGAAACUCGGUCUUCAGGGCGUAUCAAUUCUUGUUGCCUCUGGCGAUGAUGGCGUUGCAGGGCCUCCUGGAGACGACAGUGCCAAUGGCUGUCUUGGCAGCAAUUCAACUAUUUUCAGUCCAGCUUUUCCAAACAGCUGCCCGUAUAUCACGAACGUCGGGGCCACCAAAGUUUACCCUGGUCACACCGUCUGGGAGCCUGAAAGUGCCGUAGUUGACCCGGCUGGCCAUCCCUAUACCAUCGCAUUUUCCUCUGGUGGAGGGUUCAGCAACAUAUAUCCCAUUCCAGACUAUCAGGCUGCUGCAGUGGCGAACUACUUUGAAAAUUACAACCCACCAUAUCCCUACUACGAGGGCAAUGCAAGCUUUGGUAAAAACGGAGGUCUUUACAACCGCAUUGGCCGAGGCUACCCCGAUGUUGCUGCAAACGGUGAUAAUAUUGCAACUUGGAACGAGGGCACAUUUGGAUUGUCCGGAGGAACGAGUGCAAGCACGCCUAUCUUUUCCUCGGUGAUUAACCGCAUUAUUGAAGAACGCCUGGCGAUUGGUAAAGGUUCUCUGGGCUUCCUCAACCCAACGCUUUAUAGCAACGCCUGGGCCUUGAAUGAUAUCACAAAUGGAACUAAUCCCGGAUGUGGCACGGAGGGCUUUUCGACCGCCCCAGGAUGGGAUCCUGUAACUGGGCUUGGAACGCCAAACUACCCAAGGCUGUUGGCCUUGUUUUUGAGUUUGCCUUAG